UGCAAAACCUCCCCCACACGUGCGUUGGUAGUAAACUUCCAGGCACAAUAUGAAUGGCAGGGAGUGUGUUGAGAGGAGGAGGGGGCGUGUGAUCUUAGCACAGGCUAAGAAAACAUGCCCGACUAUUGCAGGGGGUUUGUGUACCAGAAGGACUGGAAUAACGUGCGAUGGCGACAGCAGUGAAAGGAAGAUGUGUAGGUGGUGGUUGGUUGGGAAAUUGGUUCGGGGCUAUCUGUGAUGGCCCCCCAGUUUGCUCAUUGGCUUCUUCGUUUUAGUAGGUUUCAGGAGCAGGGUACCUGCUGGGUUGCUUGCUCUCGAGUGUACAUGAUAACCGGCAUAACUGGCCUUCACCUUCCUGCUGGAUUUUCUGGUAAAGAGUCUGGUGCAAGGCUUGGACUAACAACAGGUUGAGCACAAAAUGCGACAGAGUUGUUUCGAGGCACACGACAAGUGUUGUGGGACUAAAAGCUGGGCGAAUAAAACACAAGGGUGGUUGAUGCUGUCCCCUGGGAUGUUCACAAGCAGACAGGAACGGGGAGUGCGAGGUUUCCACUGUUUGGAUGCGUGGUUGAGUUGGGGACUCGUUCAAGGGAUUGCCAGGAUGCUUCCUUGGCCUUCAAAAAAAGUCGAGGAAAUGUGCGGUCGGGCCGCUCGGGGCUUUCGGUGAGAGGCGGAGGGUGCCGAUGCAUUUCCUGGCCCUUCACCGAGUGAGGAGCAGGAGUGGCACUUGGGUCGGACUUCUGAGCUCGGUGGAUGAGACCCGAUGGUAUAUGGGGGAGGGGGCUGCGAACAUUGCUUGGCAGGAAAGUAGGGAAGCGUCACCAUGACUGCGGGUGGGAGCGAGGUAGUCGCAGGGCGAAGGGACAGUAGGUGGUGCUGGUAAUGCCUGUUGAAGCGAAACUACGUGGAAGCAGGCAAAGCAUGUAGGCCAAGAGUAGUGCGAAUCCAUGAGAUUGUGUAUACGUUGUUGGCCCGAAAGCUGUCAGCAGCUGACAUUCCAACGCACACCCUAGGAAACCUGAAAUUGCAAAGGGAGAGUGAAGGGGCAUGCAAGUCACCCGGCGGUUUUUUGAUGGGGGUGAGCACUGUGAAAGCCCAGUAGUGUAAUCCCUGAAGCCGAUAUUUUUCUUUCCAUCAAUUUGCGGUACGAGGGAGGGAAACAAGUCUCAUGGUGGUCGAGGGAGGAGAUGAAUCCUGUCGACUUGGCGGAGCAGGCUGUGGAGGGUGGAGGCAACCUGUGCCAUGUAUGGAGGAUUUUGCCGGAGUGGCUACGAGGCUGACAAAGAGGGGGGGGGGGGGGGGGGGGGGGAAGGAAUGUGCUAGCGAAGGAAUGUGCUAGCGAGCCCUGAUGGAUUGCUAAAGGAAAUCCCAAAGCGACGUUGCACCAGCCGCGAUCGACUGCCUCGUUAAUUCCUUAGAAGCUACGACUGGUGAGGUUUGCUGAGAUGUUGGGCCAUGGCGGAGUGCGGGACAGACUGGGGACAGGGACCUGGUGCAUUCAUCAUGUGAGAAGGAAACUGGAGUUUUGCAGCGAUUGGUUCUAUUUUUGGAGUUGUGAACUUCGGCGGGAUGAUGGGUGUCGGAGAGGCUGGCAGAUGUGAUGAGAGAGCUGCAGUUUUGCAGUGAUUGAUUUCUUUUUAGAAUUGUGGAGUUUUGGAAGGCGAUUGGAGUCAGAGAGGAGGGCUUGAGAGGCCGUCUAUGGUCUGGGGAGAUGUUCUCUUUUCCUCGAAUCGAAUCAUGAUAAAUCAGCCUGGGGAAAUUUGCCCCACUGUUGUUGUCAAGCCAGGUGGGUCUGUGUAUGUCUUCUCACCAUUGAAGUAUAUGAUUCAAAGAGAGGUGAUGACCAGGUUUCCUGUCUUCUCGCUGCUCUUGUCCGUGCUCUGUGAUGCCGUGCUUGUCGUUUACUGCCGCCUGUACACAUCGUGUUCCUCUCACAACCUGCUUUUCUCUCUCUCUCUCUCGUUUGUCUUCCUUCUCCCCAUUCUUAGUGCCCCACUGUACCCUGGCCAUCAUGUCACUCGCUCUGAGCAAAAUAUUCUCUCGUCUGCAUCCCCAUCUGCUGGUCAUGGCUUCAUGCUGUUCGACCCUGUUGUCAUCCUAGUCAGCGCAUUCCAAACCCUCCCUUUGCCUUUUCUGUAUUCAGACCCUCCCAAGGCUCUUGUGAGGCAUGUGCAUUUCGAUGUCGUGGGGGGGUUGUGGUUUUGUGGGGUCUUCUCAUAUUAAUCACAGACCGUCUGACGCUGCAGUUUUAGCAGCUGGUGAAACCUAUUUUUCACCUAUUGCGACAGGCAGAAAGCCAAUGAAUGGAUGAUAGCCCAUGCGCAAGGCUCAUCUUUGUCGCUUUGAUUGCAGACCAUGCUCGUUCUGUGAUGGCCUUCUGUGUCACUGACACUGCAGUCUUAGGAGCUGGUGAAGCCUAUUGAUCACCCACCCUCUGAGGGGACGAUGUGAGGAGAGCUUGGGACUCUCACAACCUACACUGGUGGACCUGUUUGGUAUGCAUCUCUUGGCGAUGGGGCGCAAUCCGUUACGUGUGGGCAUGCGUGUCUGGAUGGAUCUGGGUAAAAGCAUGGGUGUGCAUGCACAGCCAAUGGAUAUUUGUCACAGCCCCUCGUUUGUUGUCCUCUUCUCCCUCUCUGCCUACGGUUUACCGGGCAGUUCUAUUUGACGAUAUAUAUAUAUCCUGAACGGAUGAUAGCCAAUGUGCAAGGAUGACGGAUGGUGAUGCUCACCGUGCUCUUCCUUGAGGGCAUUCUGUGUCAUCUAACACUGCAGUAUAAGGAGCUGGCGAAGCCUAUUAUGCACGCGUCUGGUGUAGGCAUAAAGCGAACGGAUGAUAGCCACCAAUUUGAAAGGACAACUGACGGAGAUGAGCAAACGAUGGAGCGAUGUUCAUUGGCUCAGUGAAAUUGAUGACCAUGUUCGUAUAGGGACUGAUUUGCACAGUUUAUGAAUUAAAAAGCUGUCAUGACUUGGGCACAAGCUUGCAUUCGCCUGUAUGGAUGAGUGUUUGGACAUUCGGAUACGUAAAUCCAAGUGGGAAGCAACGGGGUGUGUGGGUGGUAUCAGCACAUUUGUGACACUGUGGGUGGGUGUAUUGCCGGUGGUAAGGGGUGACAACUGUCCGUAGGGUUAGGUAGAUGGCAUGGCAGGGGCCUAACCAGUGUACACAAGCAGGCCGGUGAGGAUGUGCAUGAACAAGGGACAAAUGGGUGGUCGCAUAUAGUUCGUGGAAGUCCACGGUAUAUGAGAGUACUCCGCGGGAUGGACAGGGCUGACAUGCUGGUGAGAGCGUGCUGCACACAUGGAGGAGAAGAGAUGUGUGCGGAGGUGGAAGGUCAGUCAGUAGCGUAGCAUGUAGAUGGGUGUGGAGGGGCCCGUGGAUGGAUGGAUGGAUUGUUACGGAGGAUGAGUAUGGAGAGUGGGAGAGGCUCAGUUGAGCAUGGGCGGUCGGUCCAUUCACAGGAGAGUGAGAAAGGCUCAGUUGAGCAUGGGGGGUCCAUUGACAGGAGAGUGAGAGAGGCUCAGUUUAGCAUUGGGGGGGUUCCAUUCACAGGAGAGUGGGAGAGGCUCAGUUGAGCAUGGGGGGGUCCAUUCACAGGAUUAAGAGUGCACGUGUGUCGGAGACCGAAGGUGAAGGGGGGUGCUUCCUCAAAGACUGACGAUGAAAAAGCGUACAGGAUGACAGUUGUGGCUACAGUAUGGUUAGAUAAGAGUAGUUGGAAGUGACCACAGAGUGUGGAUUUACACUGGCAGGAGCAAAAUGGUGGGUAUGUAGGGGUUCAGGCCUAAGGGUGGAGGGGACUGAUGAUCAAGGGUACAGAAUGACCAAUUGGAUUCAAUACAAUUAGAUGAGUAGUUGCGAGUGACCGCCGAGUUUCGACUUACAGUGGCAGGGAGGGGGGUGAACAGCCAUGCAGAGGUGGACGGGCUCAGGUGACCACGCAGGAGCAAGGGGGUGGCACGUUAGGUGGUGGGUGAAGGGUACACAGCCAGGGUUUGGUCUUCAUUGUGUACACUGGAACGGACGGAAGAGGAAUGCGAUCUGGGAUUUCUGAGUGAAUCGACGUGGGCUUGUGUCUUGUCCAUGAAGGAAGAUCCCAGGCAGGAGCAGGGAUGUGCUUGUGCAGACCUUUGCUUCCAACUCCAGCCGCGACAAUUUUCAUUGGCCAACCACAAGUGGCUCACACUAUGGUUCUUGAUUCUUUUCAGAUUGCGGCAGCGAUGUGAGGUUGCUUGCUAAUGCCUCCCUUUGUUUUGAACCCAGUCUAGCGUUUCUGCCGACAUCAGAUACAUCAGAUACAUCAGAUACAUGGCGUCCGUCUCAUGCAAUCUGUCUGCGCACCUUCUCGAGCAUGAUUGCUCCCAAGGAAUAGCCCUGGUGUCCCUGGCGUCUGAGAUUGUGUUUGUGAGAGGCAGUUCUCUCAACCCCUCCCUGCAAUUUGGAAAACUGCCAUCUCGGCUAUGUGUCGAAGCCGUAGUGCUGGAUGUGCACUCUUUCGGUCUCCUCCGUUCUUUUUGUGAUAUAUCCGGUCGGCAAGCAGAGGCUUUAUCCGUCUCUCAAGUUGUACCAUUUUUUUGUUUCUGUUUUUGCUUUCUACUCCCUCUCGCGUUUCCGUAUCAGUUGGCUUGCCCUCUGACGAGCGAGCAAGGCAGCAGUUAGUUCCGUGCCCCCUGCCAUGCUUGUGCACAAAUUGUGCUGUGCUUUUCCUUCCGGGAGGGAAUUCUCUUUCCAAAUUUCCAGCGAGGUCCCAAUUUGCUUUGUAACUCUAUAGGCUCUUUCUCUCACUGGUCUGCACAGCUAACAGGCGGUACUCGUCAGGUUCAUGUACACGAUAGGGAUAGGAUUGACGAAACCAGCAAGAGUGGUGGUUUGGCUAAAGAAGGAGAGCAGGGAAAGAUUGGAGCAGGGCUUGGUCAAUCACCACCAAAUGGACGAGAGACUUGUCGGAUUUGUGCUACAUGGCGUGGAUGUCAUCCAGAGUGUAAUCUUUUCAUCGUCUUGAGUUCAUGCAUGUUUCCGUAGUCUCCAGUUCAUGCCAUCUUGUGGUACGAGGGCUUUGUCCUUGCUGAGCUUUGUCCAUUUGCACUGCGGAUGGUGGCCGGGAUGGGAUGGGUGGCGACCGAGUUCGCAUGCGUUCCAUUAUAUUGCCCACUUGCCUG